GCAGCUGACAGAGAGAGGUGAUGAUGGAGAGCGGACAAGUGCAAGGCUUAUGCAGCUUCAUAAUGCAGGCCCUACUGCUGCUGUUAGCUAUCAAUCAAGCAACUACUAAAGGUAUUUUCGUAUCAGUACCAUCUACUCCAUGCCAGGCACCCUUGCAGUGGGAAGGCAGGACAGUAGUGUAUGAUCAUAACACUGGUAAAAACACCAGGGCAACUGUCAGUUAUGAUGCCCAAAUGCAAAGAAUCCGGAUCUUGGAGGAGAGAAAGAGCCUUGUGCCCUGCAAACGGUUUUUUGAAUACAUCUAUCUAUAUAAAGAUGCAGUGAUGUUCCAAAUUGAGCAAGUUACAAAAAUAUGCGUGAAAAAUUCUCUGACUGAACCAUGGGAUCCAUAUGAUAUACCAGACAAUUCAACAUAUGAAGAUCAAUACUACAUUGGAGGACCUGGUGAUCAGAUAUUGGUCCAGGAGUGGUCUGACAGAAAGCCUGCCAGGAAGUAUGAAACUUGGGUCGGCGCUUAUACGGACAAGGAUUGCUAUCCAGUGCAAGAAACCUACACAAAGAAUGACAGCAUGACUACUUCCACACGCUUCUUUGACUUACAGCUAGGCAUAAAAGAUCCAUCGGUAUUCAAUCCUCCAGGCAGCUGCAUGGCAGCACUAGAAGAGUUAAUGGGAGAAGGGUGCUGAUUUAUUCCAUCGAUUUCUAUGUUUUACUUAUAUAGUAUGCUUUAGAAGACAAUGUGAAUAUCUAGGAAGCAAUGACGAAAAUAAUUCAUGCAGCAGAUGAAGCUGUAACUAUAGUUGGUAAAGAGGCAUAACCAUCAUAAUAUCUGCAGCCAGGGUGAUGAUUUUUUUUCAUGUGAAAAAAUGCUUGCCAUAGGGUUUCUCAUAUAAUAAUUGAUUAAAACCUACAGUCCUAACCUUAUGACUCAUAUAUAGUAGACAUAUAUUGCUGGUUUGUUUGGUACCCAUGAGACAGCAUUCUAAAGGCCAAUACAAGAAGGUUCUUAUCUAAUGAUUACUGUAGAAUCCAUGAGUAAAUUUGCUCUACCAUAUGCUGUAUUAUGAGGAGAUCUCCCGUAGAAGCAUUAAUUUUAGAAUAUGGUGCCUCAUAGUCUAUGAAUGGCUGCACCAUAUACCUCCAAACAGGGUCAGAGCAUACAGGUGCAUGACCUCUUUGUCAAUUGCAACCUAGAACAAUUUACUGUUGUGAACAAUGAAACAAACUUGCAUAAUUCAAGACAAUUUUACGGAGUCCUGUUUUUUAGAACAGUGUGCUACACAAAUGGCAUUGCACCCCAUGGUAUGAU